GAAAUUUAGAUUAUAGUUGCUUUUUGUAAACACUCUUCUAGCAAAACUAUCUACCUACGCCUAUUGGGGUCUUAAAUUGUAUUUUUCUAAUAAGUAUUUUCAAAGAAAAACAAACACUGCUUUAAAGCUGUUAUUUAUUGUCAUUAACAAAAACAACAGCUGAAUAUUUUAGUUCAUGAAAUAGUGAUUUAACGAAAUGUUACAAAAAGUACUCUUGUCUACAGAUGUGACUCUGGUAUGUGUACAACAUGCCCUGUCGACUGAAAAAGAGGAAAUUAUGGGAUUACUUAUAGGCGAGGUGCACAAUAAUAACACUUUAGUAUCAAUUGUAUCAUCUGUUAUAUUGCGACGACUGGAUAAAAAACCUGAUAGGGUUGAAAUAUCUGAGGAGCAACUUGUUCAGGCUACAUUACGAGCUGAAGAAUUAGCAGCAGAAGUAGGGCGACCACUGAGAGUUGUAGGCUGGUACCAUUCCCAUCCACACAUUACAGUAUGGCCAUCACAUGUUGAUCUUGCUACACAGUUUAUGUACCAGAGAAUGGACUCUAGCUUUGUAGGCAUAAUAUUUGCAGUAUUCCUUUCAGAUCAGACGGCAAAAGCACCCUCAAUACAAAUAACUUGUUUUCAAUCUAUCAACGAAGGCUCCACUCAAAGCAGACGGGAAAUAGAGAUAGAAAUAACAAAUAACAAUGAUUCUCUUACAAAUAAUAACUUUCAGAUUUUGACACAGCUACCAGCUAUAUUAAAAGAAGAGGAAGAUGAGGCAUUUAAAAAUGAAGCUGGUGAAAUUGAAACAGAUGAUAUAAUUAACAAACAGCACAAUUCAGCUGUGAGGACCAUUGCCAUAGGGCAUAUAGUUGAAAAGGUUUCACGUCCUAUGUUAGAAGCACUGGUUGCACGGAAUGCAUUAAACAGCAUUCGUCUAAGGGCACUAAAAAAACAACACCAGGAAUUGAUGUCUAGAUUAGAGAAUAUGUCUUGUAAUGUAUAGUUUAAGUA